AUGUCGCGGUCUCUACUUCGAGAUGUGCUCAAACGAAACCAAGAGAAGGGAAAGGCACCGGAGACGCAAACAGAAAAGGCCGCCCCGACGACAAGCUCGUUCAAUCCAUCUUCCUCGCGGCGCAGCAUCAAGAAUCUUUUGCUGCCAGGCUCUUCAGGCAAGACCAUUUCUGGCUCGAUUCGCUCAUCCGGCGCUGCCUCGUUACGGUCCGUCGCGUCGUUGGCGCAGUCAAUGGCCAGUUUUUACAGUAUGAUGACUGGCGGAAACCGUGUACCGAAGCGAAGAAGACCAGAUUUCUCCACACUAGGUGUACCUGAAUGGUAUGCUGAAGACCCUCCACCGGUACCUUUGAUGCCUGGAACCGCGGAGCACUCGCCCAUACCGACUUUAUAUGCGAGAGGAAUGGCUAGUGUCAUUCAUGAACGGUCGCCUGGAGAGAAGCCCUAUAUGGGCAUUGUGCUCUACAGCCAUGCUCUAUCGCAUUCUAAAGCAGCCGUGUAUCACAACGGAGCCAGGAUUCAAGGCGAAGUGAGGUUGGACAUCACAAAGAAGGAUAGCAUCAAAAGCGUAGACGUUUGGCUUAUCAUUGCUGCGGAAAGUAUUCUCGAUAUAUUCGCACCACCGAUGUAUGCGUUCACUGCCAACUUAUGGAACCGUGAGAUGGGCGACCCUCGGCAGAUUGGUUCCUCAAAACCAUGGCGAGGACCGUUUCCUGAAGGAACAUUCGCCUUUCCCUUCGAAUUCCCGGAGCUUCCCAAAGAUGUCGUAGUGAAGCAUCCUAACGAUGGCAAGCGCAGAAACUUGGCGCGAGUCCCUUUGCCGCCGGCGUACUUUAUAAACCAAGUUGCUGGCUUUUCGGGAAGUAUCAAGUACACUGUGGGCGUCAACAUCGAGCGUGACGGGUUAAAUGGAAUCGACGACGAGCUGGACAUGUCAUUCCAGUAUCUUCCACUGUGCAAGCCCCUCCCACGCGUCCCAACUCCCUUCCCCUUCAUCCCCACACGUGAAGACUGGCCAUUCAGUCGCGAGACUGUUGGCGGAUGGAUGUUAACACCAUUUGGGGGCAGAGGUCGAUUAGGCGAAGAGAUAGUCGAAGUCGAGGGCAUCUUGGGCGUUCAAGAUCCACCGGUCUACACCACCGACGACACAAUCCGGUUUUCGCUCCUUCUGUGGUCCAAGAACCCGCUGGCGCUGGAGGCAUUGGGGCAGCCUGCCGCAGUUGAAGUUGCUUUCUUGAAAUCAGACAUGUUUGCCCUCGAUGUCAUGACUCCACGCACAUCUACGCGCAAGAAUCGAUAUCUUGGUCGAUUGGCAGCGGGGCGGGCUUGGAGGACGGAUGACGGGAGGCCAGAUGACAAUGAACCGAUUCCAGAGUUUAAACUCGUGACGCUUCCCGAGCCCAAGCCUAAAACACUGCCAGAGGGGGCUUCUUAUCAAGUUAAGGGUGCAUCGUCGUCGAGAAUGAAAGAGGUAUAUGUUGCAGAUGAAACAGACUUGGAAGUGGAGGCCAAACUAGUGGAGAAACAGACUGAAAAGCUGGGUUUGGCCGAUGAUACGAAGGGCUUGGAGAAUGGUAAUGCCGAAUUAGUGCAGAAACAGAGUGAAGAGCUGGAUUUGGUUGACGAUGGGGGGUCGACCAUGGUUGCAGACGGAGAGAGCGUCACAGAGCGAGCCCCUUCUCCAACCCCAUCAUUGGACGACAUUGAAGAGGAAACAACACCGGAGGAAGACCAUUUCCUGCGUAUGGAUGGUGAGGUCAAAGUCCCAGCUUGUACACAUCCCAACUUCCGAUACACCCACAUGGGCCGCGAGUAUGUGGUCCACUUGAUAUUCACCCACCCGCAGUACAACCAUAUCUCGCCCAAUGCAACCGGAAUCCUCGCAGAAUUUCCGGUCUGGUAUGUUUUCGACCGUUUCGGACACCACCCACCGACUCCCGAAAACGUCGUCCAAACGCCUGAAGAUCUCGCAAAACUGCCUGUCAGUGGAACCGCAAUUUCUGUUGGUCCAUCCACAGUUCGCGGUCCCAAGGUGGUAGGCAUGGCGACAGAGGAAAAGAGGCCAACGGGGAAGUAUACGCGGUAUUAUGCAUUUUAA